UGGACAGGCGAACUUCAACAUCAUUCUGGUCUGACAGCCCAAGAACCAAUGAAUGAACGUCGCUAACCCACAAUUCUGGAGUUGUACUCAGCAAACCUGUUGAUAUCUGUCUGUAUCUGGGGAGGUCUGGGGUUGACGAAAAAGGAACAUGAAUCUGGGGUGGCCUAAGCUCGUUCAGAACACCAUCACGGAGACUUGAUCGCAGGUUCAGCUCAUUCUCUAUAAAGCUCUGGCGGAACCUCUCCAUCGGGACAACCAUCUCAACUCCAUCUAUUGGUAACACUUUAGAUACCAGGGGUUGCCUGACUCUACCACGACCUCUUUCUCUAUAUUACCUCUUCGUUCAACCCUGUCGCACAUAUCAUGGAGACACCGCACUCCUACGACGCUGCCGAUCUGAAAGCGAUGGAUGCCUCCAAGGACCACUUCGAAGUCUCCGAGGAGCUAACAUGGACACCUGAGGAAGAGAGAAAGCUGGUCAGGAAGAUCGACCUGUAUCUCCUGCCAACCAUCUGGCUCAUGUAUCUUCUGAGUUACAUGGAUCGCACGAACAUCGGAAACGCGAAGAUCGCCGGAAUGGCAGACGACCUCAAGCUGACCUCGGAUGAAUAUUCCAUCGCAUUGGUAGUCUUCUUCGUAACAUACGUGGCUUUCGAACCCGGCUCCAACAUGGUCCUCGUGAGGUGGAAGCCCUCCUUGUAUCUUCCAAUGAUCAUGGCGAUCUGGGGUGCAUUGACGUGUGUCAUGGCUGCGAUCAAUCAUUUCCACCAUCUCGUGGUUCUCCGUAUUUUCGUUGGUGUGUUCGAAGCUGGUUUCGCCCCGGGUAUAUUGCUCAUCAUCUCGUCCUGGUACAAGCGUGAUGAGCAAUCUAAGCGUUUCGGUAUAUACAUGUCGGCUGCUAUUCUGUCUGGCUGCUUCGGCGGCUUGUUGGCAGGUUCAAUCACUGGUGGUAUGGAAGGCACAGGCGGACUGCGUGGAUGGCGAUGGCUCUUCAUCAUCGAAGGCGUCGCAACAAUCAUCUGGGCUAGCAUCGCAUCAGUCAUCCUCCUCGACUUCCCAGCCACGAGCUCCCGCCUCACCGAACGUGAGCGCGCCAUCGCCGUCGCCCGUUUGCGUGAAGGCGGUGUCAAGUCUCGCGGCGUAGGUGAGGAACGCAUCGGCAAGGCCAAAUCAUUCAGACUCGCUAUCUGUGACUGGCGAACCAUCGGCUUCGUUCUGGGCUACAUGGUCAUCGUCGGCUCCAGCACCCUCAGCUACUUCUACCCCACCCUAGUCAAUGGUCUAGGCUACACCGACCGCGUGCAAGCGCAAUACAUGACCGCGCCCAUCUACGCCGUCGCCUUCGUCUGCACGGCCAUCACGACCUACUUCGCGGACCGCGUAUCCAACCACCGCGGCCUGCUAAUCGCAUCCUGGCUUGCCUUCGCGCUCGUAACGGCAAUCUGCGUCUGCACCAUCUUCGACUUCACUGCACGGUAUGCGCUCCUGGUGCUCAUGGCGGCCGGGCUAUGGGCAAGCAAUGCGCUAGCGUUGAGCUUUGCGAGUGCAACGUUUGGUGAUAUGGAACCGGAGGUUAGGGCGAUUGCUCUCGCUCUUGUCAACGCCAUGGGCAACCUCGCCCAAAUCUACGGAGCGUAUCUGUUCCCGGCUGAGGAUAAGCCGAUAUAUCUCAUGGGCUUUGGGGUUAUCUCCGGUAUGCUUGGAUUUGGUACCUCGGUGUACGUGUUCAUGCACGUCGCUGUCCGCAGAAAGGAGGGCAUGGGCUGGUUCUAAGCUACCUCAGACGAGCUCGAGACGACGGAGGAGAGAGAGGAGUAGAUGUUCCGCUGAAAACUUGUUCGGAUUGUUU